GACACCAAUGGGACCUCCAGGUGGCUCUGUCUGCCUUCUACCUCAUGAAAGGUAUCACUGGUGCUACAAAGAUUUGUGGACCUUCGUCAUCUUCAAGUGGCAGAAUUAGUGAAGACCAGGAAAAUGACGUGAGCAAACUGGAUGGCCAGCUAAAGUCACUAACUGUUGCUGACCAAUCAUUUUCACUGAAGGAAAACAAGAUCUUGGAUGUAGAAGAACUUGAAAAUAAAAGACUGACAAGAGGGAUAUCUAAGGCAACUGAAAAUUUAAAACUAGUAGCCAAAGCAAGAAGUGAAUUUAUCCGAAGCCCGCUCAGCAGUGCUAGCCAUGCUCACAUUGCCCUCCUAGACACUCCUGUAUACACUUUCACAUUACCUGAUCUUUCCAUACAUCCCACUGAUUUCAGGGAAUUCCUCAAACGAGAUCUGAUUGAAACGUCAACACUUGUGUCUCUUGAACAUGCUGGUCGACUCAACUGGUGGUCAGAUCUUGGAGCUUGUCAACGACUGUGGCCUUUAGCAACGACCGGUGAUGGUAAUUGUUUAUUACAUGCUGCUUCGUUAGGAAUGUGGGGGUUCCAUGACAGACUCCUGACUUUGAGAAAGGCUCUACAUUCUCUUCUCACUCAUAGUAGCUUCACUCAGUCAUUCUAUCGUAGAUGGCGUUGGCAGACUGCAUUACAGAACAAGCAG